AUGUCGAAUAUACAUAAUAAAAUAGAUACAAAUAUAUCGGACGAUUUACUUGCUAGCUCAUUACCUGCUCGUACAAGUUUUUAUCGAUCAUUAUCUGCUAAACGUCCACGUGAUCCAUCACAUCGUAAAAGUGUUUCAUUUAAUGAUGUACCUACUGUACAUGAAGUACCAUUACAUGAUACUGUACGUAAUUCUGGUUAUGAUACAUAUCGUUCAUGGGUAUAUACAGAUGCUACACCAGCAAUGUCAUUUGUGUCACCAUUUUCUUCAUUACCACUUCAUUCAUCAAAUAUUUCGCAUCAAAAAUUACAUACCAAUCGUUUAAAUCAUACUUUAUAUUCUUCAACAAAUCGAUUAUUAGAUUGGCCUUCACAAACUAAAACAUUUAAAAUUACAGAUGAAACAAAUGAACAUAAUUCAACUUAUAAUCCACCUUUAAUUAUUGUUCAUACACCUGAAGAACGAAUAAACUUAAGUUCAUCUUUAAUUCAACCAUUAGUUUCUGAAAAUGAUGAAGAAAUAAAACCUUCAAAUCGUUCAACAGCUAUACGUAAUGCGGAACAAUAUCGAAGUCUUCCAUUUACAUAUGUACCUUUAUCUGAAUCAGCUUUUACAUAUACAUCGAUGUUAUCAACAAAUCAAUCUACUAAUGAUCAAUAUACGAAUGGAAAUACAACACGUAUAGGACGUGCUCGUUCAGCUACUUUACCAAUAGGUGUUGUUCAAUCUUCAACACGUACAAAUGAUAAUAAUUUACGUAUAAUAACUUCAUCUAAUAAUAUAACAUCACGAACAGUUUUAAAACCAGCAACAAUUGCUGUUCAAUGUACACAACCAAUGUCACAUAUAUCAAUGUCAAAAUCACCAACUGUUCCAUUACGUUUAAAUUCUGCUGCAGCUCAUGCCCGUAUAGCUUCAACUUUAAAUCGUCCUUUAUCAUCAGCAAUUAAAUAUACUCUUCCUCAUCCAAUUACAGAUACAAUAAUAAAAUCUCAUCCACCAAUAUUUUCACGUUCACGUUCGGCAAAUAUCUUACAUACAAGACGUCAUAUGACUUCACCUGUUGUUACACACGAUGGACAAUCAGAAGGAAUCAAUAAUACUAAUUUAUAUAAUACAACAAAACGCAAUCCUAAUAUGAGACAAACUUAUGGUUCUUAUUAUACACAUCGUGUUCUUUUACCAACGGAUAUUAAUUGA